AUAAAAAAGAAAAGAGGAGAAAAGAAAGGGAUUCGCCGUCGUCGAGUAGUAGACCAGAACACAUCAGCGGCCGCAUCCUUCCCCCGCUUCCGCCGCGCCGUCUUCUCCCCCGCACCGCCGCCGACCUUCGUCCUCCUCAAUCCGCCCACCGCGUCGCGUCCCGGCGACCGCGGGAAUCGGUGGAACCCAACCCCCGUCCCACCUCUCUCUUGAAUCCGAGCGCCAUGGCCACGGAGCCGCUGCUACAGACGCACCUCCUCCACUCGCUGCCGGAGUACUCGGAGGUUUCCCACUUCUCCGCUCCGCCCGCCUCUCCGGCCUCCUCCUACAAGGAGCGCAUCAUCUUCGGCGCGCACCCGCCGCCGCCGCCGCCCCCCCCUCCGCCCCCGCCGCCGCCGCACGGCGCCCACCUCCGCCGCGGCUCCAUCGACGGCCGCCACGACCUCGACCUGCCGUCAUGCUCCUCGUCCCCGCCCUCGCCGCCACCGGACCCGGAGGACCCCUCCUCCGCCUCUGCCGCCGCCGGCGGCGGCGGUCCGCCCUCGCUCUUCGACUUCAUCGCCGUCGCCACCGGCGGCCGCACCAACCUCCACCGCUCCCGCACCGCGCCGGCCAUGGCGCCGCUCAGCGCCGCGGCGCUUGCGGCCGCCGCCGCGGCCGGGGACCAGCCGCCGGCGCAGCCCAAGCGCCCGGCCAUCGUGCUGCACGCCUUCCUUUUCCUGCUCGCCUACCUCGCCCUCGGCGUCACCUUCUACGCCGCCGCGCCGGCCAACUUCACCUCCUCCGCGGGGCCCACGCACCCCGUCGCCGACGCGCUCUACUUCUGCAUCGUCACGCUCUGCACCAUAGGGUACGGAGACAUCACGCCGGCUACACCCGCCGCCAAGCUCUUCUCCAUCUCCUUCGUCCUCGUCGGCUUCGGCUUCGUUGACAUUCUCCUCUCCGGGAUGGUCUCCUAUGUGCUCGACCUGCAGGAGCACCUCCUCAUCACCGCACUCAAGAACCCAACCUCAGCGCGGAAGCACAGCCACAACUACAUAUUCGAUGUCAAGAAGGGCAGGAUGCGCAUUCGUAUGAAGGUGGCGCUCGCACUGGGCGUUGUGGCCAUCUGCGUGGGUGUCGGAGCUGCAGUUCUCAGGAAGGUCGAGAGCUUGGGGUGGCUCGACGCGGUCUAUCUCUCGGUGAUGUCAGUGACCACAGUCGGUUAUGGGGACCAUGCAUUCCGGACAUUAGCUGGCCGGCUUUUUGCAUCUGCCUGGCUGCUCGUGUCCACCCUGGCUGUGGCGAGGGCGUUCCUCUACUUGGCAGAGAUGAGGAUUGACAAGAGGCACCGCGCGAUGGCCAACUGGGUGCUGUCGAGAGACAUGACUGUGUCUGAAUUUCUUGCUGCUGAUAUUGACAACAAUGGAUAUGUCACGAAAUCAGAAUUCGCGGUUUACAAGCUCAAGGAGAUGGGGAAGAUUUCUGAGAAAGAUAUCAUGAUGGUCUGCGAUCAAUUCCAAAGGCUGGACACAGGAAACUGUGGCAAGAUUACGCUUUCGGACCUUCUGGAGAGCCACCACUUGGUCACAGAACCCAGAGACAAAAAAAAGGGGAAGAAAUCAUAACAGGUGUGUCCGGGCACACAAACUGUAGAGCAGUAUUAGAAUUUUGAUCCAGGAAGUAUAAAAGGGUGCAUUUGGCAGAUCUCCCAGAGCUGAUUCCAGCAGUAGUUCUGCCAAACAGUUUUUUUAAGAGAAGUGAUUCAAGAGGCUGGGAGCUGGAAAAAAAUAGCUUCUCCAAUUCUAUGAAGUGAUUCUCCAUCCUAAUUUUAAGAGUUUAUGCUAUAGAACCAAAGAGAAUCACUUUUAGCCACAGAAUCACUUCUCUUAGAGAAUCAGUUCCUAUAAAGAAUCAGAUUCAGAUGGAGUUUUACCAAACAGACCUGGGCUAGAAUCAGGAGGCAUUCUCCUACACCGAAUGGAAAGGCCAGAACCCGUUGAAGGUAGAAAGAUGAUUAGUGUGAAUAGGAGGCGGCUGUAAAUAUGAACAAUUAUACAGGGCGGUGAAUUCAGAUUCUUUUACGAGUAUAUAUAUGUGGUGGAGGAUUAGGCACUUUAAUUUUUA